AUGUCCCUGUUUGGCCGUUGGAGUGAGUUGGCACAGUUCCAGACGGUACGGGCAGUGCGCACCCAUUUUGGGGUUGGCGAUGAUCAUUGGGCUUGUUUUACCAGAACGGUUGGAGAUUUUCAAGAUGACCUCCGAGUUCUUGCUGCUUUUCCCCGAACGGGGUUGCUGGCAGGUGUUUCACAGUCACAGUUUCCCGAUGGCACAGGUCUGACUCCGGUCCAGGCAACUCAGAUCGGACUGGUGUGGCGCUUGGCACGUCGGGUAAUAGCUCAUGGUAGUGGCAUGGACGAGACAGAAUUCCAGGACAUUGACCCAUGGCAGGAGACAAAUGCAAGUACGACAGCGAGGCAAAGUCCCCCUUCCUCGGGUGUCAAGGAGAAGGUCCUCAAAAUGUCGACACUGAUCGACCAAAGCGACGAAUCCGAACUCCUUCCUCCAGGAUCAUCGGAAAUCAAUGCUUGGCUCCAAAAUUACCAUGCGGUGAUGGGGGCAAUGCCGGAAGAAGCCGAAGAACCUAGUCCCAAUCAACUGGCUGCUCUCUCAAAGAGAGUGUUUCGAGAUGACGCUCCACCUUACGUUGAUUUCGCGGUGUUUGGACCGUAUGAAAGAAAGUUGACAAAGGUCCAGAAGUGUCGCAUCUACACACCACUGGGCGAUGGCACCUACCUCCAAAGGGAUUUGCCCGGCCUCCAACCUAUCAAGGCGGGCUUGGGUCGUCAAGUUCCUAGAGAUUGGGACCAGAGAUCCCCUUGGAGCUGUUUGUUCAUACAGUUGGCAAAAGAUGAUGCAUACUGGGCGGAAAAGGUCCACAUCCCGGCAUCGGCAUGGGUUGCUGCAGGGGCCAAAGGUCAACCGGUUGUGGCGACUGAAGCGGCGGUGAAAGCACACGUGCCGGGACUUCAAGAUACAGUUCCACUUGAGGAUGACUCACCUGAUUCCAGGAAACGUCAAGCGAAUAGAGAUAGAAAGCAAGCAAGGAAGAGAAGGUUCCAAUCUGACAUGGAAGAACUUCGAAAGCUUCGUGGCAAAGGGAAGUCCAAGUCCAAGGACCAAGCUGGAACACCCCCAUGUUUUUCUUGGGCAUCAGGAUCGGGAGUUUGCGGUGACCUUCCACCUGGUUCAGAGUGCAAGGGCCCUGUGAAAAGAGCCCAUAAGUGCAGGAAGUGCCUUUCACCAGCACACAAAGACGCCGACUGUCCCAAAGCAUGA